AAUUGCGAUUGACCAGUUUCACUUUCUUUCAGGAAACUAGGACUUUGCCUUAACGUGCAAAAUGCCACAACAACAAAAAACGAAGAAGAUAUUUAAAAAUAAAAAACUAUGAACCAGGUUAUAUAGUGAGGAAAAGAAAAAGCCCAAUCCUUCUCGUUCUCUCUCUGGCAACCAUGGUUUCGAGCUCUCUUUCACUUAUCUCUUCCACAUCUUCAUUUCCUUCGUGCUCUAACCCUGAUUCAUCUUCCACGUCUACUUCUCCUCUGCCUAUCUCAAUUAAGCUCUCCAAGCCCAGUACCAGAUUCUCAAAAACCCACAAAUACCCGUCGUUGAAGCUUUUGAGUUGUUCCUCUAACGAGUCCGUUGAAGAUGGGUCCGCGGAGCAGUUUUUCAAGAACAAUUCGAUAGCGGAUUUCAUGAGAUUCAAGAGAGGGAGUCACAGAGGCAGCGGCGAGUUGCAGACUGCUGUUGUCAGCUAUCGUAAGAGGUUUCCUUGGUCUAUUCUUUACCCUUUUCUUCGGGUUGAUUUGGUCUCAACGAUUCAUAUCGCGGAUAAAGAAUACUUUGAAACCCUUCAGAAGGAACUUGCACCAUAUGAUUGUGUUCUUUAUGAGAUGGUGGCCAGCAGGGAGAGUUUAGAAAAUAGAAGAAACCCUGCAGCAGCAAAAAGGCUCAAAAGUUCACGUUCCCGAGGUUUCAACAUUCUGGGUUGCAUUCAGCGGCAGAUGGCUCGGAUACUUAACCUUGAUUUCCAAUUGGAUUGCCUUGAUUACCAAGCUGAUAAUUGGUACCAUGCAGAUCUUGACUAUGAGACCUUCAAGUUACUUCAGCUUGAGAAAGGUGAAAGCUUCUUCACAUUUGCUCGGGAUAUGACCCUUAAAUCAACAAAAGCUUUAGUGCAGCCUGCUUCAAUCCCAGAUGACCUUGAUCCUUGGAGAUCCAAGCUGCUGUGGGCUUCACGUGUGCUACCUAUGCCACUUGUUGGCCUUCUCAUUAUUGGUGGUGUUUGUGCGGAUGUGGGAAGUCAGGCAUCUGAUUAUCCAGAGCUAGAAGCUUUAUCAAUGCUUGACUUCGGUGCCGCUAUGAAGGUUUUCCUGGCAAAGCGAAUAACUUCUGAGUUCACACAAGUGACAGCUGAUGUGGAAGAGAGAUCUGUUAUUAUCGGCGAGAGGAACAGAGCUGCUAUAGAAGUACUUAGGAGAGCUAUUGACGAUGGUCACAUUAAGAUAGCUAUACUGUAUGGGGGUGGCCAUAUGCCAGACCUGGGGAGGCGCUUAAGAGAGGAAUUUGACCUGGUUCCUUCCCAGGUACAGUGGGUAACAGCCUGGUCAAUUACAAAACGAGAUCUUGAGAGCAGCUCCCUUCCGUUUUUGAAGACAAUGGCUGAGGUUUCUGGCUGGCCAUUGAACCGAUACCAGACAUUGGCAUUGCUUAUUUUCUCUUCAGUCCUUGCAUUGGAUCUCUGGUUUUGGGAACUCUUUUGUAGCACUGCAGUUAACUGGAUCUCAGAAGUAGUUUCAGAAGUUGCUCAAUAUAUAGAUAAUGCACAGGUGAUGUGAGUCUUUGUUUGAUAAAUUGUUUCGAUCAACAUUCAACACGGAUAAUGGCAACGUGUUUGUGCCUGUGUAAAUAUGAACACUUAUUUUACAGAUAUAGCUGAUCUGAAAAUUGUAGAAAAUGAACUUUGUGAAUUCAUUCAUAGAGGAAAAAUAAACUAAUUGAUUAAUAGGUGCCCUCCACUUGGGGGCAUCUUCUCUUUGUUACUA